ACGCGACUGUGGAACCAGGGCUCGGAGGUAGCUGGGGUUUGAGGAGUCAGGAAGGUGACGAAAAUGAGCGACUGGGCUUCCAGGACAGGAAUCUCCUGGUUCUUAGGCUUUGGCAAAUAAUUAGAGACACUGACGACCGGCUCCUGCCGAGAGGCCCCGCCCCGGCUUCGAGUAGAACGUGGGGCGGUGUGCAGGACAGCCUUGCACUUCAAUCUUGCAUUUCCCUCUAUAGAUCGAGACCGCCAUGGAUAGGAACCCCCCUGAUGGCACAGGCCCUGUGCACGUGCCUUUGGGGCACAUUGUUGCCAAUGAGAAAUGGCGCGGGUCGCAGCUGGCACAAGGCAUGCAAGGGAAAGUUAAACUUGUUUUCGAGGAUGGCCUAGCACCGGUAGAUUUUUACUUGUCGGUCAGAUCCUGCAUUCUUUAUAUCACAGAAGCCGAUUUGGUGGCAGGAAAUAGCUACCGAAAGAGGCUGGUUCGCGUUAGAAAUUCCAGUAAUCUUCAAGGAAUUGCACUAGUUGAAAAAACGCCGACGAGUGAACAGUACUUCCCAGCCAUACAGAAGUUCACUGUGCUGGACCUUGGGAUGGUGUUGCUCCCAGUGGCCAGCCAGGUGGAAGCGUCCUGUAUCAUCAUCCAGUUAGUUCAAGAGCAAACCAAAGAGCCCAGUAAGAACCCUUUUCUCCGGAAGAAACAGGCUCAGCUUUCUGAGCCAUUCUUACUUCGAACUGUGCAGCAGAUCCCAGGAGUUGGGAAAAUCAAAGCUUCCCUUCUGCUUCAGAAGUUCCCGAGUAUCCAGCAGCUGAGUAAUGCUUCCAUCCAAGAACUGGAGCAGGUUGUUGGGCAAGCAGCAGCACAGCAAAUUCAUGCGUUCUUCACACAGUCCCGGUGACAGCCCUUCUCACAGCAUCCACUACGGAUUCUGCUUUACACCGCCAACGACAGGAUCUUGUUUUCUUUUCAUGUUUAAAAAUCAAGAAAAAAAGAUUUCCUCUCACAGCAACUAGUGACCGAUGAGAUGAGGCCUGAGUGGAACCUGCCAGCUGCCCUGUGCUGCUGUGUGCUGUCACUUAAGUUGGUGCUGCCCUGGUUCCGCUACCAUGAAGAGGGCCAGUGGCGAUCUUCCGAAGAGAGUCCCUUGAAUUAGAGACUCUCAGAUUGAUAAAAAAGCCAACUUGGGCAGAUUUGAAUGUGUGACCUUGACCUACAUCUGUAAUGGAAAGGUCUUACCAGGUUUCAGUGGUUAUAACCUUCUAAAGGAGACAAACCUACAAUGAAGCACUGUGUACCAUAAGCCCCUUGUUCCUGGUGGCAAAGCCACUGUUCUUCAGGUCUGGUCUUAAUAUACCUGUGCUUCGAGGGUUGCUGCCAGUGUAAAUAAGUUGUACAGCCUUUGUGUUUCCUCCCUCAAUCGCUUCCUUUAUGGUGGCUGCACAGUUUGUUUAUCAUCACUGGGCACAUCUGAACACAGAAAGCCUGGAGUGGAGAGAACCCACUUAAAGAUAAAAAGCCAAUGUGUGUGUGGGGAGAGCGGGAGGGGAGAAUGUGUUUGUAAAUGUAUAGCCCAACAAUGUGAAGAUACACAGGAAAAUGGCAGGGCAGCUGUGUCCAGAAAGAUCUGGGGAUAAAAAGGUACACUUGCCUCUUCAAAAAAUAAAUACUGCCCUCGCCAGUUUUGCUCGGUGGUUAGAGC